UUAUCAUUUUAUUCACAAAUAAACAGUACUGUUUCUUCCCCCAAAAAAUGGCCCGUUCUUACCAAGAUUUUGAGCCUGAUUGCCAAUAUAAAGAAGGAGAAGCUCAAGACAUUAUUGAGUUCCAAAUCAAAGAUUUCAAGAAAGACCAGCUGAAAGUUCACUUCGGCAGUAACGGAGUCAUAACGGUUUCCGGUGAACGGCCCGUCGAAGGAGGUAAAUGGAUCCGAUUCCGGAAGGAAUUCGCCACUCCUAAAGACUGCAAAGCAAACGAGAUCCGGGCAAGAUUCAGCUCCGGUUUUCUGUAUGUGACAAUACCAAAGCAGACCGUUUCUUCGAAUGUUUCCCAACAGGGUCCACUUACACCAGUGCGGCAAUUGACGACAGGGUCCCCAUCGUCGCCUGUUCAAGACAAAGGAAAGCUAAAGCAAGAGAACAGCGUUCGCCAAAGCGGAUAUGUUGCCGGCGAGAGUUCUACCGGUGCUGCGGCUGAGAAUGCGGUAUCACGGACUCCUCGCCCCAAAUUGUCUGUAUGGAGGCUUAAGAUGGAGGGAAAAACAGCAGCGACGAUUGGAGCAAGUUUGGUGAUAGUGGCGGGACUGCUGUUUGUUGUGUUAUAUUAUGUGUUCAAGUAUUAUGAUCCCAUGAACAAGAGUGUCUAGAAUUUGUUCAAUGGAGCAAAGCUGAUAUUAAAUUAAAUGGAU